CUCCCUCCUCCAGACAACAAAGGCAGCUAUGAAGACAGUGGCUCUGGUACUCUCGGUGGCGGUGAUGGCGGCGGCCAGGGCGGCCCCUCAGGGCUACGGCGUCCCAGGUACUGGUGGGUCUGGAGGAUCUGGGGACCAAUAUUCCUCUGCCCCCGCCAGCUACAAUUUCCAGUGGGACAUCAGCGACGCUACUUCAGGCAAUGACUACGGACACGGGGAACAAGCAAGCAACGGGAUCGUCCAGGGCAGGUACUACGUGAGGCUGCCAGAUACUCGUCUCCAGAAUGUGGAGUACACCGCUGACGGCUCCGGCUACCACCCCGUCGUCACCUACGAAGGCCAGGCCCAGUUUGGCGGCGGAGGUGGAAAGGGAUCUGGUCAAGCCGGAGGCUACUACCCUAGUAUUAGUACGCUAGGCUGCUCGUUGUCUAGUAGUUCGCAUUUCCCCAGCUGUCUGCUCCUUUAUCACAUUUACUCUUCGACUUUUUGAGCUCUUAAUAAUUUUAGAGGGUAACUUGUGAAAUACCCUUCGCAUUGUCUAUUUUACACGGAAAACUUCCAGGUUGCCUUAAAACAUUUUCAUUUUUCAUGAUAUGCUAAAUAGGUCAAGCAGGUUUUGACAUUAUAUUUUGUAUCAGGUUGAUAGGCGUGUAAAUA